AUGGGAGCAAGCCAAAGCCUGUGCCGAGCCAAGGCUACUGGUUGCGACUGGGAAGGAGCUCCUGCUCCAGUUGAGGUGAUCGAGGCUGCAGCAGCUCCAGCUGGACAAGAUGCCGUCGAGCCGGAGGAGAUUAUUUCCCGUUUUCAAGCGGCUUUUCCUGGGGCUACAUCUGAAUCCGACAACGAUAUUACGGCUAGGCAAGACAGCAAGUCUCGUCGGCGUGUUCUGUUGAACCGAGCAUUGGUUCCAGAUGUCGACAUCAUGCGAGGCAUCUCUCUGCAGAGCACGUUGGUUUGGGGAGGUCGGCUCUGGCGUUUGGCACCGGCGGGUCUGCCAGAGCAAGAGUUGGCAAGCAGGUGGCGCGACUCCAGGCGAGUCGAGCACUUCGACGUUUUUCUUUCUCACACCUGGCGGACCAAAGGACUCUCGAAGUUCCUUUCUCUGUCACUUCAGUGUGGCUGGCUUCGCAUUUUUCUCGCCUGGUUCUUGGCGAUCCUCCUCCUGGAGGUUCUGGCAUUCUGGGACAUUCUUUCCCCCCACAUCCUGGUUCAG